GAGGGGGCCAGCUGGGCACUGAGGAGAUGGGUCCAGGCUGGACAGGCUGUUAGGGGAAGGGUGGAAGGCUGGGCACUGGGGAGAGGGGGCCAGUGCAGGGCUCUUGCAGAACAGCAUAGAAAGUGGAGGUGGUAGGGGGCAUUCAGGACAUUGGCACUGUUCCUGCCUGUUGAAACCAAGUUUCUCGUGUCUUUGAAGCAUCCAUGGUGGUUUUGCUGAUGUGAGAUGUGCUGAUAUGCUUUUGGGAAUGGGUUGGGAAGACCACCCUGCAGUAGUGGAUAAAGGAGGAGGUAGCAUUUUGGGGAGCAAGCUAGACUCCAGGAGUUCUGAGUAUAGCAGCUGUAUUCUUGCCCAUCACAGCUGUUUGGUGGCUGAGAUAGCACUACUACAUCCCUGUGCUACAGGACCCCAGCCACCCGAUUUUACAGAAGUGGAUGUCUUAGCAUCCUUGGGCCAUGGCUCACCUGAGGGAUUUUGCUAACCAGCACUCCAGGGUGGACCCAGAAGAGCUGUUCACCAAGCUGGAGAGGAUUGGUAAAGGCUCGUUUGGCGAGGUGUACAAAGGAAUCGACAACCGCACCAAGGAAGUGGUUGCCAUCAAGAUAAUUGACCUGGAGGAGGCGGAGGAUGAAAUUGAGGACAUCCAACAGGAGAUCACUGUGCUCAGUCAGUGUGACAGCCCCUACAUAACCCGCUACUAUGGGUCCUACCUGAAGAGUACCAAGCUGUGGAUAAUCAUGGAGUACUUGGGUGGAGGCUCAGCACUGGAUUUGUUAAAACCAGGACCCUUGGAAGAGACCUACAUUGCCACUAUCCUGCGGGAAAUCCUCAAGGGCUUAGAUUACCUGCACUCUGAGAGGAAGAUCCACAGGGACAUCAAAGCUGCCAACGUGCUGCUAUCGGAACAAGGGGAUGUGAAACUGGCUGACUUUGGUGUGGCUGGACAGCUGACGGACACCCAGAUCAAGAGAAAUACGUUUGUUGGGACUCCCUUCUGGAUGGCACCAGAGGUCAUCAAACAGUCUGCCUAUGACUUUAAGGCAGAUAUCUGGUCCCUUGGAAUCACAGCCAUUGAACUUGCAAAGGGAGAGCCCCCGAAUUCUGACCUGCAUCCUAUGAGGGUGCUUUUUCUGAUCCCCAAAAACAGCCCUCCAACAUUGGAGGGACAUCACAGCAAGCCCUUCAAAGAAUUUGUAGAAGCCUGUCUCAACAAGGACCCUAGAUUUAGGCCAACUGCUAAAGAGUUGCUAAAGCACAAGUUCAUCACACGCUAUACCAAGAAAACCUCAUUCCUCAUGGAGUUGAUUGACCGAUUCAAGCGCUGGAAGUCAGAGGGCCAUGGGGAGGACUCCAGCUCUGGUGAUUCUGACAUUGAUGGAGAUACAGAAGAUGGAGACCAGGGUCCAAUCUGGACGUUCCCACCAACUAUUCGACCCAGUUCCCUUAAACUGCACAAAGGAAUAGCUCUCCAUGGCUCUCAGAAGUCUGCUGAGCCCAUCAAGCGGCAGCCCCGAUCACAGUGUCUCUCCACGCUUGUCCACCCAGUCUUCGGGGAGCUAAAAGACAAGCACAAGCAGACUGGAGGGAAUGUGGGAGCUAUGGAGGAGCUGGAGAAUGCCUUUAGCUUGGCUGAGGAGUCCUGCCCAGGCAUUUCUGACAAACUGAUAGCACACAUGGUGGACCGGGUACAAAGGUUUUCACACAGCCGGAACCACCUGACUUCAGCCCGCUGACCAGUACAGUCGUUGCUGCUCUUUAGGGGGGAGGGAGGAUUUUCCCAACUUCAUAAGAACUACAUCUCUAAUCCAGACCACCAUCAUCUGCUGUUGGAUGUAACAGUGUGACUCCAGGACAUUUCAGAGCCUUCAUCUAUACAUGUUUCCAUGACAACCAAGGGUGGGGUUCACAAUGCAAGUACAAUUUAGACCUUUUGCAGAGCCCAAGGAGGGGCGGUCUAAUUGUUUUUACACUGUUCUCAAUGGAGUUUUUAAUUGUUCUCCCUGUGGACGUAUCCAUUUUUUUGAUUCUGAGCUUGUUAAAAGGUAAAAUCCCAGCUGGUGGAGCAAGAAGGAAGUUCUCCUGUACUCAGAUGUUUCAAAAGGGAAGUAUGAUGGGUUCAGCCUUCUCCUCUUCCCCAAGGAAGUGUAGGUGAGUGGUAAUGCACAAGGAGUACAGAUGGCUCCAGGCUUUCCAUACACUACAGCAUUGUAGUGGAGUCAGAGUGGCAUUCUGGCCCCACAAGGAUUUUUUCAACUCCUUCAUACACUAGUAGAACAAAGGCUUUAAAUAGUAGUAGUGAAAAUAAGUUUGCUGCUGUCCUCCCUACUUUUCAUUCAAGAGUAGCUGCGUUGUUUUGUCACUUUCACAGGAUGGGUUUGCUGACUGUUCUGCCAGCAGGUUUGGGGAUAUCACUAUUUGAACAGGCCUUAGCUUUACUACACUAGAGCAAAGUUUGUCUCACUUCCAUAGAGCAGCAGCGCCAAGGCAGCUGCAUUUGGUCUAAAACUCUCUCAAGUGGGGUUAGGAGUUGCUUAUGCUUCCUGCUGCUUCUGACCAGCAGACAUACCAGAUGCGUUGGCUUGUGGCAGACUGAACACCAUGACUCUCCUAGGGUGAGACAGACUAAACACUAAGAUUAAAGUGCAUUAGAAAAGGGACCUUUGUCACUCAAAGAUGUUUAAAAGGUGAGUCUGAAAUUCUUUAAAAUGAUUCUCAAUUGAAGAAAAUUCAGCUUUUCCUUUACCUAUUAAAUGGCUGAUAUCAUUGCUCCUUGGUGGCUAUAUCCCAAAUGCUGUGCUUGGGAUACCAAAGUCAAUUUCUCCCCUACUUUACUUUCAUGAACCAUUUCUUAAAACUGUCCCCUAAACAACUUGAAGCCAACACAGUCUCAGCCAGAAGUACAGUCCACAUAAUGAGCUGCAUCUCUCAUUAUCAACGUAUUAGCUGCCCUUCAGUAAAGCAGACACUUUCAAGGUAUUCCUGCGGAGCAACUUCACCUAGUUUUGCUUUCUUGACAAUGCUAGUUUAGUCAGGAAUUUCAGUUCUCCAUUUUAUGUCAUAAUUUGUAUACAAGAUACUCUAAGGAUCUGGAAGAAAACCAGGAUUGUAAAGAGACAGGGUUGAAAUUUUGAAAGCUGGGUGCCUAAAGCCAAGCAGCUAAAUCUCAUAUUCACAUAAGUGAUGUGACUUCAGGUAGCUCCUACAGUGCCUCUAAAAGUUAGACCACUUAAUUAACAGUUAAAUGUGGAUUGUGUUUCCUACCUUCAGCUGUGCAGGUUUCAGAAUGUUGGGCCUGGAGUCUCUCUACAACGAGAGCACAUGAGCCCCAUCACUUAGUCUUAUGCUAAAGUGAACUGUAAACAGUCUUUACUGCUCCUCUAUGACGUAUAAAUACAGGCUCAAUGUGUUAACACUGCUUGUCUUGUAGAAAAUAGCUGCUAUUGUCAUCUCUUGCUAGAGCUCAGUUGUGGAGCAGAGUUUAUUUUAUGUACAGAGGUAGCCAUGGAGCCUGUAUUUAUGCACAAUGACAAGUAAAGGGAACACUCAGCUAGGCAAAAGGGAAAGUCUCCUGCUGCUUUUAACUUUAUUCUGUUCAUGAUGGUAGCAUAUUGUGUUAAUAAGGUACCUUGUAUUAUCCUUCACAUGCACUUCAGUGUCAUGAGUAAAGAUGAUUUUUAAGGAAACAAUCCCCAUAAAUUUCCUCCAAUAUUCUAA